CUUAUGCGCGUAAUCCUCGCACUAGACAACACAUACCAGCGUCGCUCGGUGAAGGCACGGGGUUCGGCCUCGAUGCCACAGGCUUGGGCGCCAGCGACUUGGGGGCUGUGGUGAACAAUAUUUGUAAAACCUUGGAGUGAGAGGUUGAUAGAACAAUGCUAACGGUAUUGUAAUACCCAAAAGUAUCAACCGCAAAACAAGAAAAACAACGAGAAAUUCAGCGGAGAAGCCCGUUGUGUGCAUAUGCGCAAUUUCCUUACCUAAUUUUCUCCCUGAAACGCUCUUCAUGAUCUCCUUUGUGAAUGAAUUUAUCGCCUGACUGUUCGACUGCGUGUAUUCGUGCGAACUUUGUUAUGAUUUUGCGUGAACGGCAAGAGCGCGCGCUUACUUUCGUUAUUCCACAGGGCCCCCAGCUUUGAUACGAUUUAUAUAUUCAUUUAUUUUUAUAGAAAGGAUUAACUUCGAGAAUUUCAAGACUUUUAUGAUUUAAAGGCAUAGCUUUGAAUAUGUUAAAAUUGAACAGUUUUAAUAGUUUUAAUCGAUUUAGAAUAUCGAUCAAAAAAUCGAUUUGCAUGCAUCGCUCCGUGAGAGCCGUAAAAGCUCAUGUCAAAAUUUAUUUUUAAAAGAAAAUUAGAGUAAAAUACCAUUUGGGAGCCUUGCCCUAUUGUUUGCUUUUCCGUUGCAAAAAGCAUCAUUAAAAUAGGAUUUGGUACAGAUUUUAGCACCAGUGUACUUUCCCGCCAAAUUCGGUACUUACAGAAAGCAUACUCCUCCGGAAAUCGGUUCUUCGUAUGCACUUCCGUUUUCCUCGACACAGGGCCGAGGUCGGUGAUUAGCCAAUCAGCGUCGAGCAUUGCUUGGCGCUAAAAUUCAUUUGGCGGGGAAUAACAACGACCUUUCAUUCACAAAGAAAGUGUCUAGUUGUAGAGCGGAAAGGAGCUUUUCUCUCCAUAGAACCCUCAAGUUUCCCCAGAAAUGUCAGCAAUGAAAGACAUAACGAACCGAAGUCCUAGCACUCGGUGUCCAAGACGCUCAAACUCCUCUGAUGAUGAUAUAUUUGUGGAUUUUAGCACACCGGUGUCUCGAAGUUUGCGCUCCACUCGAAGGCGAAACACGAGCCCCCCUGGGCUUGAUCUUAGAGGGCAAAACUUUGCCUCAAAUAGCGAACGAAUUGUUGAAGAAGAUGGUAGAACUUCGAGAUUAUCAUUCACACCGGAGCUAAUAUCUAUGCCAUUGGUAUUAUUCACCCCUACGACGGCAAGCGAAGAAGGAAAACGAUCCAGAUUUUCUAGCUUUUCGCUCGAGUCGUGCAGACCAAGAAAAAAGCUCCGACUCGAUGUCACUGAGACCUCGGAAAACACGCUCCAAGAUACACUCCAGAAUCUCUCAAAACAGCAGUUAGUCGAAUUGAUUAGCGGCUUUAUAUCUGAGAGACACCCUGAACUUUCUCAGGAAUUCGAGAAUAUUCUGCCAGAACCUGACCUCAGAGAAAUGGAGGAAAGGCUGCGAAUCUUGAAGAGGAAUAUUUUCAAAGCUUUCCCGAGGAGAACUCGAAGCGUUUGUUCGUCAAGAGACGCCUUCAGCUUUCGACGUGUCAACUCUCAGAUCCUAGCUUUCAAGAAAGAAUGCAUCGACCAGGGCAAAAGCCUUCUGUCAUCAAAGUUAUGGAAGGCUGUGGUUGAAUAUGUCUUCAUGGCGUGCUCUUAUGUAGAUGAUCUGCCUGUGUGGGAAAGCCCGGCUCAUAACUGCAGUAAAAACAACAGCUUCAAGAUGCUGGCCCUACAGUGUAAAACUGCCUUAACAAAAGGCGAAUUCACUUUAGAGGAACUAAAUGAAUAUCAGCAAAGGUUGGAUGUUAUAUGUUCAUCAAAUGAGCACUUUUGCCCUUGCCUCAAGCAAGUCAAAUCUUUGAUAGCAAGCCAUCAAUUCUCAUAAAAUAAUGGGGAUAAGUUUCAUUGGAAUAAGAUUCACCUAGAGAAAUUCCCAUGGAAUGUUCAACAUUCAAAUAUGGAUUUUGAAUUAAUCUUCAUUCAUCUCUUUGUACCAAUUUAUGAUUAGGUACACAUAUUUUUCUAUAACAGUUGUAAAAAAAAUAGAAAUGACUGUAAUUUAUUUUGAUAUGGAACAAUUAAAAAUAUUUGUCAAUAAGUUUGUAUAUAUACCCUGAAUUCUUAUAUAUCAACAAUGGUAUGUGUGCUGUGAGGGUGUAUUAGGGAUUUGGAUAUUGCACUACAGAAAAUGAAAAAAAAUGCCAUAUAAUAAACAACUUACUAACCUCAA